GUGUUCAGCCGGGCUAAUUCGUCAUAGUCGCAUACAAAUUGUUGUUGUUGGGGUGUACGCUGUGGCAGUCGUUGAAGUCAAGUUCUCUAUGUUGGCAGUGGCAUGCUCAGCCACCCACACCGCCCAACGGCAUUUAUUAGACGAAAUAUUAGGCAGUGACUGGCUAAUAGCAAAUGUGAUUUUUUUAAUAUUUAUUUCUUUAUCUGUAUGUACUUGCGAGCGUUUAUUUUAUGCAUGUUUUUUAUAAAUUCUCUGCUACGCCAUUAAUAUCUCGUUUUUGUAUGUUUCUCCAUGUACCAGCGCACAUACGCACGUGCAAACUAGCAUAUUUUUGGAUGUGUGUGUGUAACUUUACGAUACCUUUUGACAUGCCUUUUGGAGUGAACAUAUAAAUAUGUUUGUGUGUGUGUGUUUGCAGGCGCUCGAGUAUCUUUUGGUUUCUUCUUUGUUUGUCGCAGCGGCUACCUCUGCUGCUCGUCUCUACGCCAGUUGCUUUAAACAUAUUUUGGUGCCAUUUAACAGAUUGCGUUGUUGUUGCUGUUGGCACUUUCUUAUAUCCACCCUGUACACACAGUCUUACACAUGUAUGUAUGUAUGGUCGAAUGAUUUUGUAUGUAUGCAUGUCUAUCUAUCCAUAUGCUAACUUGUUUCUGCUAUGCAUCGUCUUUUAUUCGUGUUCGCUGUGCACGUGUUUCGUACGGCCCGUGCUACGAUCGUGCGGUCUGUGUGCGCGCUCGGUUUUCGUCGUCACCCAUCAUCAUUCUUCCCUCGCUUUGCGCUGCCUUUAGUUUGUCGUUGCUCGCACUUUGCUGCUUAAACCUACCCUUCACGUUGCCUACCUUGGGCAGCGCGUAGCUAUAGCUAUAGCUGUCAUUGUACCACAUUCGUUGCUUUGCUUUAUCGUCUCUUUGUCGUUUCUUGUCGCACAUUUUCGCUGCUGUUUAUCGCUGCCUCUGUUUCAUACAGCUUCGUGCGCUGGCUCGUACGAUUCGUUCAUACGUUUAGUGCUGGUUCGUUGGCACAGCAUUGAAAAUUUCACAGCGCAUAUUUUACAAAAAAUGAUACAACACAAUUUUCGCUCUGCAGGCAGCUCAUUUACGUUCUUGUUCUCGUUUUCGGUUUCGGUUUCGAAGUUCAACGUUUUGAAACGCGUGCAGUGCAGUGCGUUACGUUUGCGUUUACGCGAAGUGCAUGCAGUUUUCAGUUAGUCGAGUGCUAGAAAAAUUCGAUAAAAGCGACGACCUAUCAUUCCAUCAUUCUUUCUCGGUUGUAUGUGAUACUAUAUAGUGAAGGUGAAAAUUAUGACAAAGUAGUCAUCGUUUUGCGUAGAAAUCAGCUUUGCUUGCAGACGUUUAUGGUGUGAUGGAGAAUACAUAAAAAUUCAUUCGCUCAUACAACUUCACGUACAUAUCUACAUACAUAUAGCACAUUGUCUCUGCGCACGGUGUGUGUUUGUGAAAGAGGGUGGUGCAGGAGCAGAUACUCUCAAGUUUUCAAGUAGAAUAAAAUAUAUCUUGUGGUGAAAAGAAAGUCUACGCUCAAACACCAAAGUGUUAACAAGCCGCUUAAUAUACAACAACAAACAACAUUGUUCGCGAUUUUCUGGAAGACAUGGCAGUCUUCUAAUGCUAACUAAUCUACAACGGAAACGAAGCGCGACUCUCGAUUGGUUUUCGCCAACUAUCGCAACGUUCAAUCAAGGAAGAGGCAGCUAAGCAAUGAAUGUUACAAACAAUCAGGCGCCCGAAGAUUCACAGAACCCACAGAACACUUUGUACGCCGCCAGUAGAAGAAUUAAUCACAAUCAAAACUCCGCUCUGGCUCACGUGCAAGCCAAUAAUCCAAGUACUGAAAAAGAACAGGAGCAAAUUGUCACGUCGACGUCGUGUGAGACGCAUACAAGCGCUACUGGUCAUUUGCCACGACUUGAGGCAUUGAUCACAUCGCCGGCGCGCAUCACCAGCUCCACCGGGAAUGACUGCAGCUCCUCACCGCAGCGUGUGUUGUCCACGACGUGCAGCAGUAGUAGCAGUGGCGGUAGCGGCAGUGGUCGACAAUCGACACAUAAUCGCGGCGACAUAACAACGGAUGCCUCCAGCGAGGAUGAAUCCCAAUCGCCACAUCAAUCGACGCAAUCCUCUUUCAUUGGCCGAAGCAUAUUGAAGCCGGGCGCAAGUGCAGUCCACGCAUUUGCACGUGCAACACCCGUUGCUUUGGACUCGGUGAUGCCGACAACUUCUGCUGCAGCGGCGACACGUUCAGCAGGUGUUCGAAGUGUGGAUACGGAACUGAUGCGUGCAGUAUAUACUGCGAGCAGCAACAACAAUAACAAAAUUAGUAUUAGUAAUAUAAGUAACGGUAGUCUAGAGCAUACGAACGGCGACAGCGACAACACGAACAUGGUUGCGCGCGAACAGUCAACCACCACCGUGGCCUCAAGCGGCGAUGCCAAUGCUAUGGGACACGCGGCGGGUGCAGGUGCUGGCGCUGGGCAAGGCCAAGCAGUGCAGACCGAGCACAACACCGAAACACACAAGAUUAUCUUGAAAUUACCCAAACCAAAUGCUACGAGCGUUAAUACGCGCUCCAGUGAAUCUCAGAGUAAUACCAACGCGUUGAGCAGUUGUGACAGCGUUGCCGGUCACAGCGGUGCGGAAUCGAUACGCAAAGUGGAGCCACUCAAGAUCAAUUUACAUGCGCACAACAGCAGCAGCAGCACGAAUAUUGUUCCCAAAAUCACUAUUAAACCUAUCGUGAAGAAGCACAAUGAUGUAGGAUCCUCGGAUUGCUCAUCUUCAGCCGAAGACGAGGCGGUGGUUGAGGCCUGCAGCACACGGUUAGGCGCACAAAUACCGAAAUUGACCAUUAAGUCAUCUGCAGUCGUUGGCGGUAGUGAUGAGCCACACAUUGUGCCGAAAUUAACAAUCCGUUCUGCCAACGACAGCUCGGACAGCUCAGUAGUGCCCAAGUUGACAAUCAAGAUGUCCGAUUCGCAAAGCAAUUUGCAUAACAAUAGUAGCAUCAGUCAAUUGUCGCCUGCGCCUUCGGGAUCACACAACGCGGUUACAGCUAAAUCACUUACGGACCACUCACCACCGCCACUGCCUAAGCUCACCAUAAAAACAUCCAUGGAUGGCACAAGUGAGUCGAUAAUGUCGACGAUAUCGCCAGCAUCCUCAUCUUCGUCUUCGUCGAGCACAUCCUCCUCCGCAGGUUUGCCGUCCCUAUCGUCAGUGACUGCCUCGUGCACUGUAUCUAAUGCCACCGCCGCCUGCUCUGUGCCUAAGUUGACCAUUAAAACAUUGCCGCCCAAGCACGAGGAGCUGGUGCCAAAGCUGACUAUCAAAACAAGUGCAGCUGGUGCCUGUGUGAGCACAUCAGCGAACAACGCUUCUGGGGAUACAAACGCCGAGGACAUUGGCAACUGCAGCAGCAAAAUUCCCAAACUUACGAUCAAAACUGGUCAGGAACACGCGGUGAUUAUAACGCAACACAACGACAACUCCAAUGCGCAGGUCAUACCAAAGUUAACGAUCAAAACCAAAUCACUGGAGGCGGAGGAGUCGCUAAGCGAUCUAAGCGAGGAUCCAGCACCACCACCGGAGAAAAUACCCAAGAUUACAAUAAAAACUCAUGAAAUUGCAACAGAGGCUACGACGCCCAAAUUCUGCAUUAAGACGUUGCAGCAGCAAACGGAAACGGAACACACACACACCAUUCCGAAACUGACCAUCUCCAUGGCGAAUUUGGAUGGUGGGGCGGCACCGCAAUCACCAAAGCAGUCACCGCUAGUGGUGCGGCAGUUGUCGAGCAGCUCGCGCAAGCCAGAGUCACCAGAGAGACUGCCCAAGCUAAUGAUAUCUCGACAGGAUAUCAAAGGUAGCAACUGUGAUGCGUCCGCCGAGAAAGUGGUGCCCAAACUGACAAUUAAAACCAACAGCCAGGACGGUGGCGGUAGCGAGUGUAAGGAGAAAAUACCGAAACUGACUAUCAAAUCCAUACCCAGCGUAGAACAGCAAUCCUCGGAGGAGAGUGAUGAAUGUAUGAGCGGCGAAUCCUCACCGCCGUUAUCCUCCGCCGAGGACGGAGCGGCUGACAAAGUGGUGCCCAAACUAACUAUUAAGAACCUUUCUUCGCCAACAUUGCGCAUGAAAGCGGUGCUGGAAGACAAAUCGCAACGUAAUGCUUCAAAAAAGUGUGGAAAAUCCAGCGACCCAAAAAACAUCGCCGUCGCCGACACAAACGCCACAACCGAUUGCGGCGUGGCGCAAAGGUCGCUGGAUACACAACAAAGUAAGGAGAGUAGUUCUCGCGAAUUGAUUAACGGUUGCGAAUCGAGCAGCAGUCAAGAGUUUUGUGGUUUCAACAACGACAACACAGCGUUCGCUGAUGAGGAAGACAUACAGGAACCGCGACGCAACUCUGACGACAUGGACAUUGAUGAGGGUUUGCAAAACCACGAUCCACAGGUAUUCAAUAAUGUUUUUCAUGUCAGCAAUGGCGAUUCGCUACGUCUGGAUAAUACCGAAGAAACGGAGCUAAUGCAACCCCCAAUGCCUGCUGAAGAUUUGUCGAAUGUAGUGGAUACAGUCGAUUUAACAUCCUCGCCAUCGCCGGGUUCGUCGCCUGCGCAUUUCACUUACACCGAUGCCGAUCCGCAAGUGAACGAUGCGCAACAGCCGCCACAAGCCACCAUACUUAUGGAGCGUCUACAGCGUGAAAUGAGCGUAAUACAAACAGCGCCGCCAAUGGAUAACAGGCUUCUGCUUAACCAAUUGAAUUCACCGCUGAACGCCAGCAAAUACGGUGCUCCGCCGCCAUUGCAGCCGAAGCCAUCGCAACCACAACAACACGCUCAUCACCAACAACAACAGCAACAGCCACAGGUACAAAAGCAGCCACAUCUGCCGCAACAAAUAAGCAAUAGCAUCAAAUAUCCACAACUGACGGAGCGUCUAAUGGCCAAUGGUGCACGGGUCCAUCAAAAUGCAAACAUGUUGCACGCAGUUAGCAAUGCUGCGACACCAAUGAAUAAUACAGCACUCACAAAUCAGUUGACACCGCAAAUGGAAAAGGUAAUAGAUUCCAUUGAGAUUCUGGACACUCCCGAGGGUAGUCCGCGUUUGACAUUGGACGAUACCGCUGGGAUGCCCCAAAAUCUUCACAUGAACAACGAAGAUGGUUUGAUAAAUAAUGCACCAGCCAGUGGAGCUUAUGAGGAGAAUAGCGCCGACAUAUUGAGACGCAACAACAAUGUCCUGGAGGAUCCGACUGCAACAGCAAAUGAAGUGAAUUUGAAGAGGCACGCGAACACAUUGUCCAGUUUGAUGAUGGAAAAUGACGUGGAUGAGCAGUGUAUCGAGAUCACACCAAACAAAGUUCGUCGCAUUGAUAGUGAAUCCCACACCAUGGCUACACUGACCAUUCUGACGGAUGAUGAGUCAUCUAACACAAAAUUGAUCACUACGUCGCCCACCAUCUUCGGAGGCAAUCAUCAUGUUGUUGACAUCAGCAACGACGUGGCACCCACGGCUAAUUCCACCACCACAAUGGAUCUUUCCUCACCGAAAACCUCGAUCCAUCGUCCGCGUAAACAACGGCAUGAGCAUCUAUUGGCCAUACCGUUGGACGAGGAAGAUUCACUGCAGUAUAAUUUGAAUAACGAUACAGCCCUCAAUUGUUACACAUCAAAUGCGCAUUUACCAUCUGCGAAGGUUGGUGCCGCAGCCACAGAACAAUUGAUCACAGCGAACACUCCUGCCACCAUUAAACGACGCGGUCGUCCGAAAAAGAAUGCUUUGAAUAGUGUUCCGACCCCUGCAGCUGUAAUAACGCCCGCAGCAGCGGCCACGUUAAAUGAUGCAACCAGUAUUGGUGGUGUCGACACACCGGGCACAGAUGUCGUGUCGAAGUCGCGCCGUGUGGAGCUGUUACGCAAGCGUCUCGCUAUCGAUAUGGUGGACGGCGAGUUGCCAAUGGAGGAACAGGACAGCACAGAUACUGCAACAGAUACAACAGAGGCUUCGAAGCGAGAUCGCGCAUUGCGCACGGGCGCCAGAACUUCUCGGCGUAGCAUUUUACCGGGUGGCGCUAUUACACCGGCUUCAAAGAUCAAGUGUAGCGGUAACAAUGGCGAGAUGCCUACAAAGGGUCGUAAGCGUUCGGUGAACACCUUGAUGGGUGGCAGCGCCGCUAUUGGCUCUACAAUUGCAGCAAACGCCACAAUCACCAAUUCGGUGGCUGACAGCGUUACGUCCGUCCUUAAUCACUAUGGUGGUUCGAAUUCCAGUAUCUCCUCUACCUACUCAAGCAGCUCGAUGAGCUCUGCCACUGUGACGACAGCGGCUGGCGCCCAGGGGAACGCCGGUGUGCCCACUUCCAUUUCAUUGGCAACGCAAAUUGACCUGACAAUGUGCUCAUCCUCGUCAUCAGGGAGCAAUGGCAGCACAACCGCCACUAUGACCGUAGCCGGCGGCAGUAUUGUGUCUAGCAGCGGAGCAAUUAACGUCGCAGUACAAAAUCAAUGCAGCAGUUCAAUGCUGCCGCCUGCAACUAUACUCUCGUCAUCGGAUCCGGUGCCGGAUGUGGUCUUCAGACCAAACGAUUUCUCAUCACUUAUGGCAACCCAACAGCUGCGGGCAGCGCACUGUAACACAAGCCUAGAGACGGAUCUGUUGCGUAUGCAGACAACACUGGACGGCGCCAAAUUCAAUAUGCACGAUGAUGAGUCUGCCAGUCAAGGUGGCGGCGCGUACGGCAGCGGUGCGGACAUAUCUGGAGACGACUCGAAUACAAGUUCAAUUUCUACACCCGUUGGUCGUGGACGAGGGGGUCGCGGCCGAGGACGUGGUUCUGGACGCGGUAGCGGCCGUGGCAGUCGCGCGCAUCGUUUGGGACGUGGUGCCAGUGCUGUUGCCAAACAAAUUGCGCUCAGUCGGCCACGCUGCGUCGGCGGCCUAAAGCAUACACCCGAUCCAGAGCGAAUGAAAGGUCUUUUUAGUCCGUCCCCACAAGUAUUUGAAGAGGAUACACGUAUGAGCGCCGAUUUAAGUCAAAUGCAAAUGCAGUUGCAAUCGGAACCCGCAACUCCUAUAAGUUCGCAAACUUUUAGACAACCCGAUUUUCUUAAUAAUGACGAGUCUCAGUCCUCUGUGGUUAGUACGAGCAGCAUUUUAGAUCCCAACACUGUGGCGGCUGUGCAAAAUGGCAGCGCUAUUAAACGUCCAAAGAAGAAGAAAAUGGAAGUUUGCGUUGCUGAAGACGCUGAAAUAACAGUUGCAGCUAUCGCUGAAUAUGAUUGGCCGCCGCCGAAGGGUUGUUGUCCAUCGAAGAAUCGCGACACUUUUAUGAUACAAGAGCAGGUCGCCUUGUAUUUGGGCAUUAAAAGCUUUAAGCGGAAAUAUCCUGAUCUGCCGCGCCGCCAAAUCGACAUGGAGGAGCGCAAUUGGUUGCAAGAGAAGGGUCUCGUGUCGGAGCGUAUGUGCGACCUGGGCAUCACAGCCGUUUGGGCAUCCGACAUACUCGACAUUAUGUAUACCGACUUCUAUGAGAAAUACGAGGAGUACAAGGAUUUCAUACGGCAAAAGCAUCUGCGCGAAAUCGAGACUAAACAGAAAGCACUGGGUCUCAAUGUUUCUGAUCGUGGACUGCAAGCGCGUGAACGUGCAUUGCUUUCGGCCAGCAAAUGGAAUUCUUACUUCAAUAGAAGCCGCAAGGAGGAACGUUUAGCAUGUCUGGACUUGCAGACGUUAACGGUGAAUGUGCCAUUGCCUGCAACAGCGCCCACUACAACUCUGGUGAAUCGUCCAAUUGCCGACGCAGUGACAGAAGCCGCUAAAGCCGAGAACAUACCUGAGCCACCAACGCUGCUGCGACCGCGCAUCACUACUCCGCCACGUGAUUUGGACGCCAGUUACCCAGUAGCUUUGGUGCCCGGUCAGUAUAGCGCGAAAUAUCGCCAAUACUCGCCACUUGAGUUGAGUUACUUCCCGCUGAAUACAGUGCUGCAGAACCCACGUUUGCUGGUUGAACGUACGUCACAACAGACACUAAAGCAAGCUGCACCUCCUAUGUUGGAUGGCAAGGAGCUAGUAGACCCGCCCAACGUCGCAGAUCAAAAACUCUUCACCGAAGCACCGGAUACAAAAACCGUCAACGGGCCAGAGGAGAGCACAACUGCAAAAGGCAAUACUAUCCGACGCAGCGUGCGCUCACGCUCUGCCGCGUAUGCUAAUUGUGAUAACAUGACUGCAGCCGAAGAAGGCGGUAGUGCAACAGAGUCGGCCAUGUCCACUUCGGGCAGCGAAAGCGAAAGUGAAUCGGAUUCGGAUAGUGACUCCUCCGAUAACUCAAGCGACGAUGGCUCUUCGUCAUCGGAAGAUGAGAGUGCUCCGUCCGCCAAGUGCGGUGUGUGCCAGCGUGUACAGAAUCGCAACAUGAAAAACCUGCCCGAGGUAUUCAUACGCUGUUUCACAUGCCGACGCAAAGUUCACCCAAGCUGCAUUGAGAUGCCUUCCCGCAUGGCGGGGCGCGUCCGCAACUACAAUUGGCAAUGCGCCGACUGCAAGUGCUGCAUCAAAUGCAAAGGAAACAAGGAUCAGAAUAGAAUGCUGUAUUGCGAGCAGUGCGAUCGCGGCUUCCACAUUUACUGCUUGGGCAUCAAAGCCGUGCCUGAUGUUCGCUGGAGUUGUGAUCGCUGUAGCUACUGUAUGCGUUGUGGCGCCACAAAACCUGAGGGCUUGCCACAGCAGCCAAACACGAUUUCGCCGAACGGCGAGAAAGUCAAACAGGUCAAGCACAAAAAGGUGAAAUGGAUCAAUGAGUACCGCAUAGAUCACAUUACGAAACUACGCGAGCACUGUUCCAUGCUGUGUGUGCCAUGUGGACGCGCCAAGAACGUGAAACGCGUGCAGAUAGCCAGCCCAUGCGUUAGCAGCAUAGCAACAUGCGUCGGCAGUGCCACGCCACAACCAUCACCGCCUAUCGCGACACCACAGAAACCGCUGGUUAAAAUCCUGACACAGACAAGUGCCACAACUGCUGUCGCCAGUGUAACACCGCCAGUUGGUACCGCUGCUGCAGAGGCCGUUUCGUCGAAUGCGAGCAGCGCAGGCAGCAAGAGUGCAGCUAACGCGCCGACAGCGAAUAAGACGAACGCAGCCGGUACGCUACCGCCGCCACCGCCUGUAGUUGCCUGAGUGGGGGUGAUACGUUACUGCCCCAAGCGUAGUAGCCUGAACGACAACGAUAUGUAGUAGCAAUUAUGUCCGACGACGGCGAAGGUGGUGCUGUGAGGGAGAUUCGUGCAGCGUCGGUGCAGUGAAACACACGCUGGAACAAAUUGAAUUCAGAAAUUAACAUUUGGAAUAUGUAUUCAAGGAAUAGCACGCGUGUUUAAUUCGUGUAAAACAUAUUAUUGAAGAAUUGAUGACAAACUUAACGCCUUUUCAUAAACAUAACACUUACUUUAGCAUUUAAGAACAACAAAGUUUAAUUCAUACUUUUUUAAUUAAGUUUAAAUGUCUAGUUGUGGUUAAUAUUUAACAAUAAGAGCUACAUUUACGAUAGAAAGAAAGAAACAACUCGAUUCUCCUAUGCUACAACAUUAGGCUUAAAGUGUUAAUUUAUCAAAUGUAUUAUAGUGCAAACAGAAACUAAUGAGAAUAUAUGUAGGAGUAGAAGGCAAAUGUUUACGUACAUUUCAAUAAGAAACAAA